AGUAAAUGGACAUAUUCAAUGUCGCUACAGUAUUGCGACUGAAUCUUGGAGUGAGCCCGAAGUUGUCAAGGGCAUUGACCUGACUAUCAGCGGACUCUCUCCUGCUCUCAACUAUGGUGGGGCUACCUUUGUGGUAGUGAUAAUCUGGGCUAACAUACCGGGACAUCAUAGGUCAGCAGGCAUAUGAGGGAAUGAAAGGUAGGCUUCUCUUCAGUCUGAUGCAAUCGAUUCAAUGACCAAGCUCAUGGCCACACACAGCCUUUCGUGACCCGCAGGGUCAGAUCCGCAUCUUCCGCCCGGAAGUGCACGCAGCACGCAUGGCCCAUUCCUGCGAGGUCGUUUCCAUUCCACCCAUUCCCCAAGAGCAUUUUAUUCGAUCGGUGGCAUUGGCCGUGUCGGUGAAUGCCGAGUUCGUACCUCCCUUUGACAGCAGCGCCGCCCUUUACAUUCGACCGCUGGUGUUGGGCUCUGGCCCUCAGAUCAAUCUUGCUCAGCCUGAUGAGUACACAUUUUGUGUUUUUGUUCUUCCUGUCACCAGUCUCCUCGGCACUAAGCCAGUAGAUGCUUUGAUCAUGGAGGAAUUUGAUCGAACAGCUCCAAUGGGAACUGGAAAUGCCAAGGUCGGUGGAAACUAUGCCCCUGUUCUGCGGUGGGCUGCCAAAGCGCGCGCCAGGGGGUAUGGCAUUCCACUGCACCUCGACAGCAAGACACGUACCGAAAUCGAUGAGUUCUCGGCUGCGGGCUUCAUCGGGAUUAGACAUGAUGAUAAUGGGGGGACUACCAUGGUUGUGCCAAAUAGUUCGUGUAUCAUCCAGAGUGUCACCAGCGACAGCUGUGUUGAGCUAGCACGGUCGUAUGGCUGGCCAGUGGAGGUCCGACCGGUUCGUAUUUCGUCUUCCUGUCCUUGCACGUUCACUGAACAUACUUCUCAUCAUCAUCGUCACUUAGAUCAAAUACACCGAGCUGCCUGAGUUUUCCGAAGUCCUGGCGGUAGGCACAGCGGCAGUGCUC